AUGGUGGACGAUCGCGUGAUUCAGAAAUACGAGCGAGAGGCGAAGGAGAAAAAUCGCGACUCGUGGUACAUGGCGUACAUCAUGGAUACCAGCGAAGAAGAGCGUGCGAAAGGGAAGACUGUCGAAGUCGGUCGCGCGCACUUCGAAACGGAAAAGAAGCGUUACACGGUUUUGGACGCUCCGGGUCACAAAAACUACGUACCCAACAUGAUCGCCGGUACGGCGCAAGCCGACGUGGGGGUGCUCGUUAUUUCGGCGCGUAAGGGUGAAUUUGAAACUGGUUUCGAUAAAGGUGGUCAGACUCGAGAGCAUGCGCAGCUUGCAAAGACGUUAGGCGUCACAAAAUUAGUCGUCGUCGUGAACAAGAUGGAUGAUCCGAGCGUCGAAUGGGCGAAGGAACGUUACGACGAGAUUGAAAAGAAAAUCACGCCAUUUUUGAAGCAGUGUGGUUACAAGAUUGAUGCAGAUGUCACCUUCGUACCGAUCUCGGGCUUGACGGGGGCGAACAUGCAGAAGAAGGUUGGAUCAGACGUGUGCUCGUGGUAUGAAGGAAAGUCAUUCUUCGACACGCUCGACGAUCUCGAGCCGCUUCCUAGAGACCCGAACGCUCUGGUAAGAUUACCGGUUAUGGACAAAUAUAACGAAGCAGGUGCGAUGGUCAUGGGUAAGAUUGAAUCUGGUACCUUGCGUAUGGGUCAGACGCUCAUGUUGAUGCCAAACAAGGCCGGCGUUAAGGUCGCCGCUUUGUUUCGCGACGAAGUGGAAUGCACGAAAUGUUUGCCGGGAGAGAACGUACGCUUAAAGUUGACGGGUGUUCAAGAAAGUGAUAUCCAACCUGGUUUCGUGCUUUGCAGCGUGAAGGAGCCCAUUCACAUCUGCGAAGAGAUUGAAUGCCAGCUUGCGCUCUUGGAACUGCUCGAGCACAACUCCGUCUUCACGAAGGGGUACAAGGCUGUGAUUCACAUCCACACGGCAACGGAAGAAGUCGAGGUGACAAAGCUAGUCUCAGAAAUCGACACGAAACUACGCAAACCGAAGGAAGGCAAGCCGAAAUUCCUGAAGAGUGGUAGCCUCGGUAACGUUCGCCUCCGCUUUGCCCAACCGGUGUGCGUAGAAAAGUUCGCCGACUACGCUCAGCUCGGUCGUUUCACCUUGCGCGACGAAGGACGAACCAUCGCCAUCGGUAAAGUGACUCGCCUCAAACCCAAAUCGAGCGAUUAA